AUGCGCGUUGACGCCGACGUUGAAGUUGCCGAGAUGGUCGCCUCGGAAACGGGUCACCACAUACUUGGCAUCCUCCUCCAGAUUCUCAAACCGCCCCACAAAGUCAUACUUUAUGCGGGCAGGGAGGAGUUUGGAUGCGUGGAGAGUGGCACAGUGGGAAGGAAGAGGUGCAUGCUCACUGCUCUCUUCUCUGUGGAGAGGGGCAUGCUCACUGCUCUCUUCUCUGUGGAGUGGGGCAUGCUCACUGCUCUCUUCUUUGUGGAGAGGGGCAUCCUCACUGUGCUCUUCUCUGUGGAGAGGGGCAUGCUCACUGCUCUCUUCUCUGUGGAGAGGGGCAUGCUCACUGCUCUCUUCCCUGUGGAGAGGUGCAUGCUCACUGCUCUCUUCUAUGUGGAGAGGGGCAUGCUCACUGCUCUCUUCUCUCUGGAGAGGGGCAUGCUCACUGCUCUCUUCUCUGUGGAGAGGGGCAUGCUCACUGCUCUCUUCUCUGUGGAGAGGGGCAUGCUCACUGCUCUCUUCUCUGUGGAGAGGGGCAUGCUCGCUGCUCUCUUCCUUGUAGAAAGGGGCAUGCUCGCUGUUCUCUUCUCUGUGGAGAGGUGCAUGCUCGCUGCUCUCUUCUAUGUGGAGAGGGGCAUGCUCACUGCUCUCUUCUCUCUGGAGAGGGGCAUGCUCACUGCUCUCUUCUCUGUGGGGAGGGGCAUGCUCACUGCUCUCUUCUCUGUGGAGAGGGGCAUGCUCACUGCUCUCUUCUUGGUGGAGAGGGGCAUGCUCACUGCUCUCUUCUCUGUGGAGAGGGGCAUGCUCACUGCUCUCUUCUCUGUGGAGAGGGGCAUGCUCACUGCUCUCUUCUCUGUGGAGAGGGGCAUGCUCACUGCUCUCUUCUUUGUGGAGAGGUGCAUGCGCACUGCUCUCUUCUCUGUGGAGAGGGGCAUGCUCACUGCUCUCUUCUCUGUGGAGAGGUGCAUGCUCACUGCUCUCUUCUAUGUGGAGAGGGGCAUGCUCACUGCUCUCUUCUCUGUGGAGUGGGGCAUGCUCACUGCUCCCUUCUUUGUGGAGAGGGGCAUCCUCACUGUGCUCUUCUCUGUGGAGAGGGGCAUGCUCACUGCUCUCUUCUCUGUGGAGAGGGGCAUGCUCACUGCUCUCUUCUCUGUGGAGAGGUGCAUGCUCACUGCUCUCUUCUAUGUGGAGAGGGGCAUGCUCACUGCUCUCUUCUCUCUGGAGAGGGGCAUGCUCACUGCUCUCUUCUCUGUGGAGAGGGGCAUGCUCACUGCUCUCUUCUCUGUGGAGAGGGGCAUGCUCACUGCUCUCUUCUCUGUGGAGAGGGGCAUGCUCACUGCUCUCUUCUCUGUGGAGAGGGGCAUGCUCGCUGCUCUCUUCCUUGUAGAAAGGGGCAUGCUCGCUGUUCUCUUCUCUGUGGAGAGGUGCAUGCUCGCUGCUCUCUUCUAUGUGGAGAGGGGCAUGCUCACUGCUCUCUUCUCUCUGGAGAGGGGCAUGCUCACUGCUCUCUUCUCUGUGGGGAGGGGCAUGCUCACUGCUCUCUUCUCUGUGGAGAGGGGCAUGCUCACUGCUCUCUUCUUUGUGGAGAGGGGCAUGCUCACUGCUCUCUUCUCUGUGGAGAGGGGCAUGCUCACUGCUCUCUUCUCUGUGGAGAGGGGCAUGCUCACUGCUCUCUUCUCUGUGGAGAGGGGCAUGCUCACUGCUCUCUUCUCUGUGGAGAGGGGCAUGCUCACUGCUCUCUUCUCUGUGGAGAGGGGCAUGCUCACUGCUCUCUUCUCUGUGGAGAGGGGCAUGCUCGCUGCUCUCUUCCUUGUAGAAAGGGGCAUGCUCGCUGUUCUCUUCUCUGUGGAGAGGGGCAUGCUCGCUGUUCUCUUCUCUGUGGAGAGGGGCAUGCUCUCUGCUCUCUUCUCUGUAGAAAGGGACAUGCUCACUGCUCUCUUCACUGUGGAGAGGUGCAUGCUCACUGCUCUCUUCUCUGUGGAGAUAGCUCCACACCUGGGAGUGUGCAGAGAGCACAUAGCGGCAUGCAGGGCACAUAUGGCAUGGCAGCACACUCACCGCCUGCUUCUCUGUGAAGUGCACGUGCAGCAUGUGCCAGCUCGCCCUGUCCUCGUCUAG